AUGAUGCAUGUGACGACUCUCGAUUUCAAUGAAUCCUCAAUUUAUACCUUCUCAGGAUUUGGUGGCGGCUCCUCUCCCUUGUUGACUCGUCUCACAUUUGCCACGGCGUCCAACAUGCAAAUUCUUCCCUUGCAAGCCAUCGCUACAAACACAACGUACCGUCACGAGUUCCUGAGACCAUCAUUGAAAUGCGAGCCCGCGACAGGACAGAGAUUGGAGGACGUGGAUGCCAUUCACAAUAUAACUCUGAAGCGCUUCACAGGAAGCGGAGGCGGCCAAGUUAUGUAUUUGGCUUACACGAGGCAGGAUACUCCUGGUAACAGUAGACCGAUGCUCAACACAGAAGGGUUUGUAGCCGAAUGUGUGAUGUCGGAUCGCCGUGGCGUCUCAUGCGAUAAAAGCAACGAUCCAGCAAUUUCGGCGCGAGUCGGCAAGGAAUCCAUUACAUGCAUACUAUACGACACCCAUUUUGACCUCGAUUUUCGAGCCGUAGGCAACGUACAAACCCUUGCCGGGUUGCGGUUCGAGUGGCUUCAAAAGAGCAAUGGGGAAAACGAAUCAUUCAAGGCAAUCUUGCAUGAACUAUCAACAAUGCUAAGUGGCACAAUAGGCGCUUCCGCAAGCGGGCCUGUGGUCCACCAGUAUGAUAGCGGUACCUCUACCCUCGUCACUUUCCAAACAAAAGUCAUGUCUACUGCUUUGAUCGGUCUAGUAUCUACUGCUUCCACUAUGCAAGUCGGAUCCCUUUUACAUGAUCUUCCCCAAGAAGAUCGCGACUUAGCCGCGAACAGAACGCUUGGGGAAAUGCUAGAAGAGCUAUCGAGAAACCAAACGCUCAGUCUUUUCAACAGCAACCGGCUAUGUUAA